CUUCCCAAAUCUGCUACAUGCUAAUGCAUUGCAAAUUAACAACAUAUCAAAUCAUAUUAUAUCUUAAAUAUAUGUGCUAUAAAAUUCUUCAGUUGUUGCAGUGUAUUUUUUGGCUUAGCAGCAAUCCAGAUGGUUAAAUAAAUACACACACAUGUGCACAAACAUGCACACAAGUAGAUGGGCGUUGAUGUGCAGAGGUGGAGGAAAGCAGAGGACCAGUCAGGUGCCACAGAGAUUUCCAGCAGUGUCUGUGGAGUUCAGGGAGUAAAGUGUGUGCUUCACAAUGGCUUAGUAUGGUUCUUAAAAACAAGUAUUGGGCACAUCAAUAUGCAUUGGGUCGUGGGUACUUGGUUAAUCACGUCUUUCCUUGGCCUGGGAAGAGGGCAUAACACCUUAUUUGAAGGUUAUGAACAAUCUCUUUCGGGUUAUCAUAGGUGCUCUGUGAAUGAGUCUGUGCUGGUGACUCAUGUGAUCUCCUAUCCAACCUCAUACACCCAGAGGAGACCAUGUGGAGGAUGGCUGCCAUGGACAAUGUGUGAUGUCACAGUUUAUCAAACAUCAUAUCGAACAGAGUUCUCCAACACGACCAGACAGGUCAUGAAAUGUUGCCAUGGCUACGAGCAAAUUGGGAGUUACUGCGCUUUGUUUUUAAACAGAAGUACAGAAUUUACAUCAAAGCAAGGGCUCUGUCCCUCAGGAGGAGUCUCGGGGUCUCUAGGCAAUGAUGCAAACCCCUCUGGCUCUGUGUGCACGUGGGACAUAGAUUGCCCGGGAUGGCAGAAAUGCUGUCAGAAUGAAAACAUCAGUCAGUGCUCAGACCCACUACUAACAGCCAACAGAGGCUGGUGCUUCAAUGCAACAAUAACAGUUAAGACAGCCUAUGAGCUUGUUCUUAUGGACAAAGGACUCUUUAACCACACGCGGCUUCUUCACUCUUUGGUAACAGGUUCUCUGGGUACUAAUGGUGUUUCUGUGUAUCAUCUCUGGUCUUGGGCAGCAGGACCCUUCACGACCUCUUCAUUACUUCUGGUUUGCUCCUCUGUAGUUCUGUCUCUGAAAAACAUCUCCACACAACUAUACUGGCUAGGAAACAUAGAGGAGGUGACUAAUGUAGUGGUGGAAGAUGUGGAUGAAUGUGCAAACCCCCAAUUGAACAAUUGUUCCAACCACGCAAACUGUAGUAACACCGAAGGAUCUUAUACAUGCAUCUGCCACCAUGGUUAUCAAGACGACAACUCUGCUCAAGCAGGAACAGUUUGCAUUGCCCCCAAAGUAACUACUCCACCAAGUACAACAACAAACUCCCCUACCACCACAACUCAACAUACUUUAGGUCCUAUAACAUAUACUGAUGAAAUAGAAAGUGGAGAUGUUAUCAUAGACACAUCCUCUGUUGAUCAGCCUGGAGGUUUAAGUAUUUUUACCAGCCAACCACCUCCUUCUACAUGUGACUACAUACCUGAGAUCACCAGCAUCUUGUCUUAUAAUGUCACUAAUUCCACAUUCAAUGUGACCUGGACCACCAACCACCAGAAUGGUGUCAGUUUCAACCUGGUUCUGCUACAGGGGACCACUGAGCUGGCAAAUAAGAAUACAAUAGACUUGCAUUGGAUGUUCACAGACUUGAACCCUGCAGUUCUUUACACUUUACUGGUCAGUCCAAUUGCUUGUGGAAACACGGGAAACCCUAUGAAGGUCAAAGUGAGGACAGAUGGAGAGAUGAUCAUUGCGACAGCCCGUUUGACCAGCAUGACGUAUGAACAGUAUAUGAGCGAUCCAAACAGUGAAGACUUUAAGAAGUUCUGCGAGAGCGUCAUAGAGGAGAUUGGUUUAUCCUUAAGUGCAGAUAUACGUAAACUCAUCAUCUCAGGAUUGGUCACCAUCCAGAUCACAUCCCUUUCUAACGGCAGCGUGAUUGUGAACUUUUCCAUCGUAUUUCCGCCAAACAACAACUUAGACAUGUUAAAUGUGUCUACAGCUCUGAUGGAAUCACUACAGAACAGCAGCGUAUACACUGUAGAUAAAAACAGUAUACAAAUAGAGGAUUUAAAUGAGUGUUCGCUGGGUAUGGCGGACUGCUCUCUGUGGGCUAACUGUACUAACACCCUUGGCUCGUACACCUGUGACUGUUGGAACGGGUACACAGACUGGAACCCCAACAGACCAGGACGCAGCUGUGCAGCAUCAACAUCACCUCCACAGUCUUCUUUUAUCUCCACUACACCGAGCGUUGAUCUCACCACAAACAGUCCUUUAACAACCUCACACUCCACUACAACAACCACAACUCUUAUUCCAGCAACCCUGAAAUCAAAUGGACCAUCGACCAGUUCCAUAACUCAGGCUAGCCCACACAAAUCUACGGCAAGUCUAACGACAUCAGACGACUCAUUUGGGUUGCAAACUACGCCCGGUAACGAGUCAAUAUAUGUGGAGUGCGGCACUGGUUUCAUAUCAGUCAUUGUAAGACGCGACUUCCUGAACAACAGUUAUAUUCCAGUCAGUGCCUUGUACCUCAGUCAAUCUGAAUGUGUCCCAAAUCAAGUAAAUUCAACUCACGUGCACCUCGUCGCAGCGUGGCAUAAGUGUGGUACUACGUUGAAACAAAACAGCACUCAUAAUACGCUUAAUGUGACUCUGUAUAACGAAAUGAACAGUGUAUUCUUACAUAACGGAUUGCCGAUGGCUCCUCUCAAUCGUCUGGCGGUUCCCAUCAUCUGCACCUACAGCAGCAGUGUCGUCAUCUCCACGGGAUACUCCUCCUCAGGGUAUUUUGACCUGAUCAAAGAUGUAAUAUAUGGAUCAGGUCAUUUCCAAGUUAAUGUGAGGUUGCUGAACGGGACGUUUCCACUGCCUGAGAAUUACACGCUCUCCGCAGACGAGGAGAUCGUCGUGGAGGUCGCGGUCAACACAACUAUACCCCAAAUUAAAGUUAUUAUCAACAAGUGCUGGGCCACACCCACCAUGGACUCAUCACAAUCAAUCAGCUAUUUGUUUCUGGACAACGGUUGUCCGAGUGUAAAUUCACACACUACGGUUAUUCAGAACGGAAACGACACGGUGGCUUUGCUGUCGGUGCGGGUCUUCGCAUUAGCAAACGAGAACAUCAUCUACCUGCACUGUCAGAUCCAGAUCUGUGUGGCUAUUCAGGAAAACACCUGCAGUCCUGCUUGUGGUCUGGUCAAAGCAUACAGGUCAUCUAAUCUAAUUGGAGUGACAAGGGCAUCCUUUGGACCUUUGCUCAGAUCAAAUAAAAUAAAUCCACCCAUCGACCCAACAUCUAAUACCAUUUUCACUGUUGGGUUUGUUCUGCUUGGUGUUGGUGUGGUUCUGCUUUCCCUGGCUGCUAUUGGAGGAUUGUUCUAUUACAAAAGGAAAAUCGGGGCCUACAAUUUUAAUAUUAGACCACAGCAGGAAAACUUUACGUAUCAUGUGUUUGAUGCCUAAAUACUUUCUAAUAACUACACUAACUACAUGGCUGGACAUUGCUAGUAGCAUAUGUAUAAUGAACCAAAUUGAUAGUAUCAGUGAACUAUAUUUUUAUAAUGAAACAUACAGACAGUUUUUCUGUGUCAGCACUUUAAACAAAAAAAAACGUAUGUAUAGAUAAUUUAUGUUGAGUGAAGGUAAUUUCAGAAAUUUGCACAUUAACGUUACAUUAAACCAUGUCCUUGUAAUGGCGCUCUAUCUUUUUGAUGAGCCACUAGAGGGCGCUGUUGUAUUUACUGUCCAUGUUAUACCCGCUUCCGUCUGGCUCUGUGGACAUUUAAGUUUAGGCAGCUGGAAGAUAAACAUCUUUAAAACUGAAAUUGUUGGUUUUAUUGGUAUUUUUUGUGUUUAAAUCCGUUACAUUCAUAUAGAAGCGUUUUUGUGUUUCUGCACAAAAACAUGCGUGAAUCAAAAAUAUUAUGAUCACAAAGGAUUCAACUUUGAUGUAAUGUUACUUUCCACUGAGACUGAAGUGUAUUGUGCCUGUGGGAGAGAGCUUGUAAACAUGUAUGGGGUUUUUGAAUAGACAGUGCACUUGGGGGAUGGGGUGGUGAAGAAACAUAUUUUUAACCCAAUUAUUAGCCUUGUUAACCUCCUGCUAAAGUCAUUUCUGUGGUAACACUACUCAACUGCCUAACUGUUUUCAGUUCAUUAACGCUAGAAAUUAAGACAUCUGCAGUCGUGAAAUCAUAUUAAAUGAUAUUUGAUCCAUUUGAGUGUAUAAAUAACAACUCUACAUUCUUGUCUUGAAAUUGCUGUCUAAAAAUCUCUUGCAGACGAUGCAUUACUAUAGGUGUA